AUGGCGUCAACCGCGGCGCCGUCGUUCAUCUGUACGUGCAGAGCUGCCGGCGCACUGAGAGCAGACACGCUAAGCGGAGACGCGUUAAAGAAAGGCGCGGCUGCCUCGCACUCCUGGGCUUGCCAGGCUGGCUCGCCUGCCAGGAACUACGCGGCCGUGCGAAGCUUCGUUCUCGCCAAGAUCUUUCCGUCUCCCUACACCCGCUUGCAAGCCCAAUCGUUCCGCCCCGUCACGCCCGCUUCCGCUUCCGCCAACCUCAGCGGCGGCGAUAGAGACCCAUCCGCGGACGACGUUCACGUGCCCAUCUCCCCGGACCCCAAAAAUACCGCCCCCAUCCCCGUGACAAGCCCAUCCGCUAUCGCCUCAUUCCGCUCGCUGUUCAAUCUCGAGAAGCACUACGCGUUUUACGGCUCGUACCACGACGACCCAGUCAACAGGGCCAUCCACAUGGUCUUCGUGUGGCCCAUCCUCUUCUCCGCGCUCGUCCUCCUCCAAUACACGCCGUCUUUAAUCUCCCUCAGCCACCCAGUCCUCGCCGCCUUAGCUAAGUUCGUGCCGCAGAUACCCGUACCGCUUCCCCUCGCGCUUCCCGGCAGCGGGCUGGUGUUUAACGGUGCGGCGCUGGUGUCGGUGGUGUACGCGGCGUUCUACAUUGGGAUGGAGCGGCGCGCGGGGUCGCUCGCGGCGCUGAUGGUGGGCGGGUGCUUCGUGGGCUCGCGCGCCUUCAUCAAAGCCGUGGGCGCCGGGCGCGCGUGGAAGGUGCGCGCGGGGCUGCCAGGGGGGGUUGCCUCUUCCCCGCUCACCCAUUCCACCACCUCCCCUUUCCUCUCUCUCCCCGUUCUAUCACCCUGCCUCUCUCCCCUGUCCUCUCUCCCUACCAAUCUCCCCUGCCUCCCUCCCUGCCUCUCUUCUGCCUCUCUCCCCUGUCCCUCUCCCUUCCCCUCUCCUCUGCCCCUCUCCCUGAUUCUCUACUCUCCCCCCUUCCCUGCUUCACUCCCUCCCUGCCUCUCUCCCCUGCCCCUCUCCCUGCUUCACUUCCUCCCUGCCUCUCUCCCCUGCCCUUCUCCCUGCUUCACUCCCUCCCUGCCUCUCUCCCUUCUUCUCUCCCUGUUUCUCUCCAUCCCUGCCCCUCUCCCUGCUUCUAUCCUCUGUCCUCUCUGCCUCGCCCCUUGGCCAUCAGCUGGCUGUCAUCGCCCAGGUGGUGUCGUGGGGCGGGCAGUUUUUGGGCCACGGCGUCUUCGAGGCGCUGGCUACGUGGGUGGCCCCACCAUGGCCAUGAUUGCAUACAAAUGUUCAGAGAUUAAGGUCACCGUGGUGGACAUAAGCAAGCCUAGAAUCGCUGCGUGGAACAGUGAUAAUCUGCCUAUUUUCGAGCCUGGACUCGACGAUGUCGUGAAGUCUUGCCGCGAUAAGAACCUGUUCUUCACGACUGACGUGGAAAAGAGCGUCGCUGAGGCCGACAUUAUCUUCGUAUCUGUGAACACACCAACCAAGACCAGGGGGUUAGGAGCUGGUCGAGCAGCCGACCUGACCUACUGGGAAAGCGCUGCGCGGAUGAUCGCUGACGUUUCUACCUCUGACAAGAUUGUGGUUGAGAAAUCCACUGUUCCCGUAAAGACUGCGGAAGCUAUUGAGAAGAUUCUUACACAUAACACGAAAGGCAUCAAGUUCCAGAUUCUAUCGAAUCCCGAAUUUCUAGCGGAAGGCACUGCAAUGGCAGACCUCGACAAGCCCGAUCGUGUUCUUAUCGGUGGUCGCACUUGUGAGGAAGGCCAGGCUGCAGCAGCUGCUCUUGCUGCAGUCUAUGCUCACUGGGUGCCUCAAGAAAACAUCAUUGUGACCAACCUCUGGUCCGCUGAGCUGACCAAGCUGGCAGCGAAUGCGUUUCUUGCUCAGCGCAUUUCUUCAAUCAACGCUAUCUCCGCCCUUUGCGAAUCCACUGGGGCCAACGUCUCAGAAGUAGCAUACGCCAUUGGAAAAGAUACCCGCAUUGGCUCCAGAUUCUUGCAAGCCUCUGUUGGUUUUGGUGGCUCCUGCUUCCAGAAGGACAUUCUGAACCUUGUCUACAUCUGUGAGUGCAAUGGAUUGAUGGAGGCUGCUCAUUAUUGGAAAUCGGUGAUUGACAUCAACGAGUACCAGAAGUCAAGGUUCAUCAGCAGGAUCGUGUCCUCCAUGUUCAACACUGUCGUCAACAAGAAAAUUGCCAUUCUCGGGUUUGCCUUCAAGAAGGACACAGGAGACACCAGGGAGAGCCCUGCCAUUGAUGUUUGCCAUGGGCUUCUCAGGGAUCAGGCUGACGUCAGCAUCUACGACCCACAAGUGACUGAGGAACAGAUCAGGCGUGACCUGUCCAUGAACAAGUUUGACUGGGACCAUCCCUACCACCUGCAGCCAGUCAGCCCAAGAGUCCACCAGAAGGUUUCUGUGUCAUGGGAUGCAUAUGGAGCGUGCAAGGGUGCUCAUGGAAUCUGCAUCCUCACGGAGUGGGACGAGUUCAAGACACUGGACUAUCAGAAAAUCUAUGAGCACAUGGAGAAGCCAGCCUUCGUGUUUGACGGCCGCAACAUUGUGGAUGUGGCAAAGCUCAGGGAGAUCGGCUUCAUUGUGUUUGCUAUUGGACACGCUCUAGACCCCUGGGUGAAGGAUCUUCCUUCCAUGCACUAG